AUGGCUCCAACCGCGGAAGAACGCAUGCGGGCAUUAAAAUUAAAACGCGCAGCGUUUAAACUCGAACUGCUAAUGUUUAAAGAAGCCCUUGACAACUGCCAACCCGAAAGCCACGACGUGGAAAUUAAAAAUAGAUUAGCUGAUCUGGCAACGGAAUUCGCGUCAUUUUCUAAAAACCAAGGCGAAUUAGAUGCCGCGGACGAAACGGGAGAAUCAAUGAAAGAGUGUCUCGAGAUAAAAAACGCGUAUCUGACAUACAUUUCUCGUGCGCAAAAAUUAUUGCAAGCGGCACAAGCAUCCGCCGCACAACAUUUAGGUCAUGAACGCGGUAUUAACAUUACGCCAGCCAGCUUAGAAGCGCUGGAAAACGAGAUUAGUUUGCCAAAAUUGCAUCUUCCACAAUUCAGUGGACAAUAUGAAGAAUGGCCCGGAUUCGCCGAUCAAUUCAAAUCCGCCGUGCACGAAAACCUCCGUUUGAGUGAAUGCAAAAAAUUAAUGUAUUUACGGUCAUGUUUGCGUGAUGAGGCGUCGCGCGUUAUAGACUCACUAGAAAAUUCAGCCGCGAACUAUCAGCCGGCAUGGUCUCUACUAGAGGACCGUUACAAUAAGCCCGCGGUAAUCGUAACCAACCACGUACGCGCCUUGUUCAAUUUACCGCACCUUACGAGAGUAACGCAUAGCAAUCUGAGACCAUUCUUAACAGAUUUGGAAUCGCAUUAUCGAGCGCUCAAAACACUAAAACAGCCGUCUGCCGACACGCUUUUAAUUUUCAUGUGCCUAUCGCGUUUAGAUCAGGAAACGAACCUGAGAUGGAAGGAGCACACGCGCGACAACUCGUUCUCUAGUCUCGACGUGCUAUGCAAAUGUUUGCACAAUCGAUGCCAAGAUAUCGAGCCGUCGGGUCCGGCGUUUAGUACGCGUCAGGCGGACGUUUUCAAAGCACGACCACCACAGCAUCAAUUCGCGCCGCGGCCCACCCAAAACGUACAACACCAAUUCGCGUCGCGGCCCGUAAACAAUAAUAAUUAUACGACCCAAAAGGUGCAUGUGACGACACAAGUCAGCUGUCCCUUGUGCACCGGACCUCACGCGAUUUUCGCGUGCGACGCAUUCUGCACGGCUCCGGUAUCCCAGCGGAUAAAAAUUGCUUCAGAUAAACGGCUUUGUUCCAAUUGUUUAAAGAAGGGGCAUACUGCAGCUACAUGCAACAGCAGUGGUUGUAAGGUAUGCCACAAAAAACAUAACACCUUCUUACACACCGACACACCGGUAGAACCUCAACCUUCUGCAAGUCGCGUCAAUGUCGCUUGCUUAAAUCACGCCAUAGAAAGUCGCGUCAUAUUAUCCACUGCCGUCAUCGAAAUUAUAGAUGAGAAUCGACAACCGCAUCGCUGCCGAGUUCCCCUGGACUCCUGCGCACAAUCAAAUUUUAUAACGCGACAAUUUGCCAAGAGACUCAAUCUGCCCUUCUCUCAAACUCAAAUUCCGGUCACCGGUAUGAAUAACAUGCAAUCGGAAAUAACGGAAUACAUAACAGCUCGUAUACAGUCGCGCACUACUAAUUUCAACGCCCAGUUAAAAUUAUUAAUUGCUAAGCAAAUUACCCUACCUUUACCACACGACGCCAUAAAUAUACAAGCACUAGAACUACCCAAAAACAUACCGCUGGCCGAUCCGAGUUUCCAUAAACCCACAACCGUCGACGGCCUGUUAGGGGCACAAUUAUUCUGGCACCUACUUAGCGUAGGCCAAAUUAAAUUGGCACAACCAACAGUCAUGCUACGUAAAACAUUACUAGGGUGGCUAGUUGUUGGUGAAACCCCUAGCCAUAAAAAUUCCAAGGCGGUAGUUUGUAAUCUGGCAAUAAACUCGCUAGAUGAACAAUUGGCCAGAUUUUGGGAGCUCGAGGAAACUCCUCGAGAAAAAUUACUUUCGAAAGAAGAACAAGCAUGCCAAGAGCAUUAUUCCAUUAACACGCGUCGCGACUCGGCAUCUGGACGAUACAUCGUCAGAUUGCCGUGUAACAGCAAAAUCGAGCAAUUGGGCGAAUCCUAUGCCACAGCUAUGAAGCGAUUUUUAUCCCUGGAAAAGGCCCUUCAGCGUAAUCCCGUAGCACGCGAGCAAUACAUUAACUUCAUGAGCGAAUACGAGAGCUUGGGACACAUGACUCCGCUUAAAUUCUGUUCUAAAUUUAAUGGCUACUAUCUUCCGCAUCAUGCGGUGCACAAGGAAGAUAGCGUGACUUCUAAAAUUAGAGUGGUGUUCGAUGCAUCCGCGAAAUCAUCCACGGGUGUAUCCUUAAACGACGCGCUAAUGAUCGGUCCCACCAUACAAGAAGACCUAUUCGCAAUAGUUACCAGAUUCCGAGUACAUAAGUACGUUUUAACCGCCGACAUAGCCAAAAUGUACCGCCAAAUAAAAUUAGCUCCGGAAGAUCGGCAUUUCCACAAGAUACUUUGGCGCGAGAAUCCAAAUGACCCCAUGUCCACCUACGUGCUAAAUACGGUAACCUACGGCACCGCGUCUGCAUCCUACCUGGCCAUCAAAUCACUUCACCAAUUAGCGGAUGAUGCAGGCGCCCAGUUCCCCCGCGCAGCAACUGUACUGAAAUCUGAUUUUUACGUCGACGACCUUUUAACGGGAGCAGACACGGUAGAGGAGGCUACGCUAGUUCGCGACCAGCUAAUCGAGUUAACAAAAAAGGGUGGCUUCGAAUUAAGACAAUGGUCGUCAAACAAUGUAAAACUGCUACAAUCCGUAACUGCUUACAAUGAAAGCGACUGCACAAACAUAAUUGCGGACGAAUUUAGAAAAACGCUUGGUCUGUACUGGAGCCAGGUACACGACACGCUCGGUUAUACGGUGAAAAGGCAUGAGCCCCUUAGGCAGGUAACAAAGCGCGCCAUACUGUCACGCGUGGCUCAACUUUUCGACCCGUUAGGUUUGUUGGGGCCCAUUAUCGUCAAGGCCAAAAUAUUGAUGCAAAAGCUCUGGGCUGGUAUCGAUUACUGCGGCCCAGUUUUUAUAAAGGAAAAGCGCGUACGCAACACCAAAACCGUAAAGGCAUACAUAGCAGUAUUCGUGUGCAUCUCGACGAAGGCGGUACACCUUGAAUUGGUCGGCGAUCUGACCACAGAUGCAUUUUUGGCGGCCCUCAAAAGAGCCUUAAUCACCGACAGCGUCAUACAACACUACGCUAUCAAUAAUAACAUCACGUGGCAUUUCAUUCCCCCGCGCGCGCCCAACUUUGGUGGAUUAUGGGAGGCAGCGGUCAAGCAGGUGAAACGCCACUUACUCAGAUCCGUCGGGAAAACCCUGCUAACAUACGAGACCAUGACCACAUAUCUCGCAGAAAUUGAAGCCAUACUAAAUUCUCGCCCACUCAUACCACUAACAUCCGAUCCGAACGAUUUUACCGCCCUUACGCCCGGUCGCUUCCUUAUCGGCGACUUGAUCACCAGUAUCAAUGAGUCGAACGUUACGGAUGUUCCAACAUCCAGACUAACAAUGUGGCAGCACGUCCAGCAGAUGAAGCAGCAUUUCUGGACGCGCUGGUAUAAAGAUUAUCUGCACCACUUGACAGUCCGCAGGAAAUGGCACACCAACACCCCAACCGAGGUCAAGGAAGGCACGCUGGUUAUCAUGCACGAAGACAAUGUGCCGCCUAUAUGCUGGCCCCUGGGACGCGUCAUCGCAGUCCACCCUGAUGACGACAGCAUCACCCGCGUCGCAACGGUAAAAACCAUAGCAGGCGAAUAUAAAAGAUCUGUCAAAAGGUUAUCGCCGUUGCCGGUGGACUAA